AUGGUUAAUUUCAGACUUUCCAUAAGGGAAGUGAAGAAAUCUUUUCCUCAGUGGGAACUUCUAAAGCAAGACCAAAUAAAUAUUCUGCUCAACCUGCCUGUGGACCAAGUGCAGCUACAGUUUGAGGAUAUACUGAAUAUCGAAAACCACCAAACAUGUGUGAAAGAAGCUGCACUGUUGGAGUAUUUUGUCAAUGGAUUUUGGUGGGCCAAAGAGAUGAACUUCAAUUCUCAGCAAAUCUCAUUUAUCAUGGACCUUUUACAGCAACUACUUGACAACAUAAAAAACAAACAGUCAUCAUUUGCUGAUAAUUUCAAGACAUUUAUCCAAACAGUACUAGCCAGUAAAGCCAGUUUUUUAUUCACCACCACCGAUCAAAUCAAAGCCAUCACAAAUUACUUCAAGACCAGUCUUUUCCAGCACUACGGACUAUAUGAAUUACUGUUCAAACAUAGAAGAGAGGAGCAACUCCUGAAUAUAGAGAAAUGCAUUGAGGUGAUCAACCCUGCUGAGUUUGCUGCCCCGCUAGAAGAAGGCAUGCCCACUGAUCUGUACUUCCAUUACAUGGCUCCCCCAUGUGUCCAAACGCCUGAGCAGACCAUUCAGGAAUCUCACGAGGAAAAUGUGGAAGAACCUGGAAAAGCUGAACUGGAAGAAAGUGCUGGGAAUCAAGUCGGCUUCAGUGUGGAAGAUGUUCGAGAGGCGCUGGGGGAAAUGACCCAGGAGAUGUUAGCAAAACUACAGGCCGACUUCACAGAGAAACUGCGAGUUCAUGAGGAGACCUACAUCUCGAGGUUAGAACGACUUCAAAAAGGCUCUUCCAAAUAGCACUGAUGAGAUGCCAGGAGGAUUUCCCACCAGUAUUUACUAAUUCAAUCAGAACAAGUCUGAAAAUAACACCGAAUAUGGCACUGGUGGUUUAAACAGCCAAAUACUCUUAAUUUACUGUACAUUUCAUUCACCUCGGUUGUACUUAUGUCAAGCAAAACUGCUUCAUCAGUUUGUUCGAUACUGAUAAUAGAUGAAAUAAAUGACUUUCUGGCAUGCUUGAUUUAUUGAGCAGGAUAAAAUGAUGCAGAUGAAAUUCGGGAUCAUAUUCAUGGACGUCAAGGAGGGAACAGAAUAUCUAAUUAAGUUGUUUGUAUAAGGUUUUUGUGGCAUCUUUCCCACAAGUCAUUAGCUGUCUGAAAGUAGCCCAGCGCUAUGGCAACACUGUGUUACUCAGCCUAAAUAGCUGAGUUGCCAUAUAAAGAGAUGUAUUAUUAAAGCUGAAUAGUGACUUUUUCCUCUGCAUUUGAGAAAGCCCACAUAAAACUAUAAAUAUCCCCUGCAGUACAUAUGAGAGAAUGCUGAUCAUCUCAGCUCUUAUUUUCCAUUUUCGCAGCGCAAUUAUUUCACAGCACAAGGCACACUCUGCAUACGGAAGAUUAUUGUUGUUAUUAUAAAGAUGAAUUAUUAAUUCAUCUCAUGUCAGUCCUAUUAUUUAAGGACUCAAACUCUCAGUUCAGAUUUAAUAUUUAACCAGUUUAGGAUUGAUGGGUAAAACGGGUCCAUUUAAUCAGUGCGAUAUCAAAUUACAGCAAUAUUCCUCUAUGCCUUUUUUUUUUUUUACAGCCUGUUGAUUUAGCUCUUCAUUAGCCUCUCCAUCCUUGUGUUGACAGAGAAGUUAGAACAUGUUCAAACAUUCUUUUUGUUCUCGGACAAAUUGAUAGAGUGAUUCCCGAGCCAAGAGCUGGAUGACCUUUCAGCUCAUACACAACAACAGUCCCGCUACUGGCCAAUAGAGUUUAUUAAAGAAUGACUUCUUACUGGAGUGCUGUGGCUAGGUUUUAAAGAGCCCACGGUGGCUUUUAGAUCAUGUUUAUAAAAUCAUCUGUAUGCUAGUGUACA